GCUAGAACUUUAACGUCACAAUCAGUGAGCGCGACCUGCUGUGCGUUAUGAAGGUGGGGAUCUUAAUAAUCGUGUGGUUUUCAGGCAUGACAAAAAGCAUAGAGUCGUUCAAUUUUAUUCUAUUUGAGUUUUUUUUUUUUUACCGCCCUCUCCCUUCUCCCCCCACCCAUUGUGACCACACCCACUUUCAUCACUGAUGAGGUCCCACCCCCGAGGUGCAGCGCGCUCCUUAAAGUCUGCGCGCACUGGAGCGCAACCGGCAGCGCAUCGCGUGAGGACACGAGGGAAGAACGGAGCAACAACACUGACGACUGAGAGGAGAGCGAGAGCGAGCGAGAGAGAGAGAGAGAGAGAGAGCGAGCGAGAGAGAGAGAGAGAGAGAGAGAGAGAGAGAGAGAGAGAGAGAGAGAGAGAGUGAGUGAGUGAGUGAGUGAGUGAGUGAGUGAGUGAGUGAGAGAGAAAUAUAUCAUUUGGGAUCCAACCAUAAGCACAGGACACUAUCCUCCAGCAUGUUGAGGUUACUCGCGGGUUGGUGGUGCUGCUGCUGCUGCGCCGUCUUGGUCGCCGCAAACUUCACGAUGGAGAACGACUUGGGCUCGGCAUUCGUGCACCGAGCGCUGCGCAGUCAGGAGCGCCGGGAAGUGCAGAGAGAGAUCUUGUCCGUGCUUGGUUUGCCCCGGCGGCCGCGACCCCACUCUCCGGAGAGGCGCACGGCGGCGCCCAUCUACAUGCUGGAGCUGUACAAUGCGGCGCUGGAACCCGCGGCUUCCGGUUUCUCUCGCGCUGCGGCUCCGGUUCUGGCUCCUGCUCCAGCACCGACACGGCGAGACCAGCGCUAUCUGAGCGACGCCGACAUGGUGAUGAGCUUCGUAAAUAUGGUUGAUCCUGAAGAAGACCCACAUGUGUUCCACCAGUUCCACCGAUUCGAUCUGUCCCGCAUUCCCGAGGGUGAAGCCGUGACUGCUGCCGAAUUUCGCGUCUACAAAGACUUUGUGCACGAACGUUACGAAAACGAGACCUUUCACAUCAGCGUGUAUCAAGUGCUCCGGGAGUACGAUGACAGGGAUUCUGAUCUGUUCUUGCUGGAUUCACGGGUGAUUUGGGCUGCAGAAGAGGGCUGGCUGGUGUUUGAUCUCACAGCUACCAGUAAUCACUGGAUUUUACACCCGGGUCAGAACCUGGGCUUAUUGCUUGUUCUGGAGCGCGCUGAUGGUAACCGUGUGAACCCCAGAGUUGCAGGGCUGGUGGGCAACCAAGGACCACAGAACAAGCAGCCAUUCGUAGUGGCGUUCUUUAGAGCUACGGGCGUCCGUUUGCGCAGCGUCCGCUCGGCUCCCGGACACAAACAGAGGAACCCGAACCGCCCGAAGACUCCUAAACACACACCACCUUCCAGCCAGGAGGCACUGAGGUUGGCAGAGGCAGCAGAGAAUGUCAGUGUGGACCCAAAACAGGGCUGCAAGAAACAUGAACUCUAUGUCAGCUUCAGAGAACUGGGAUGGCAGGACUGGAUUAUUGCCCCAGAAGGCUACGCUGCAUACUACUGCGAGGGCGAAUGUGCCUUCCCUUUAAAUUCCUACAUGAAUGCCACCAACCACGCCAUUGUGCAGACGCUGGUUCACUUCAUAAACCCAGAAUCCGUCCCGAAGCCGUGCUGCGCCCCCACUCAGCUCCACGGCAUUUCCGUUCUGUAUUUUGACGACAGCUCCAACGUCAUCCUGAAGAAAUAUCGCAACAUGGUGGUCCGAGCGUGUGGCUGCCACUGAUGGACACACGCGCACACACAUGUACACGUCCACACGCUCGGCUGGAGGACAGAAAAGAAGGAGAUGGAAUUGAGGCCAGCCGUGCCUUCAGGAGCUAUACGUUUAAUAAGACUCGUCACUGGAGGCAAAUGCUGGACCACUGUGCUGUGCCCACGUGUUUCAAGUGCGUCACAAAUACAGCCAAGACGAGUGGGAGCUACUUUCAUUACAGUAUAUGCUGUAGAACUGAGGGGGGAAAGGUUUAAAAAAAAGUUCAGCGAAAGAGCACACAAUGAGAUGUGUUAAAUUAGUGUUAGGCACACUUUCCUCGCUUGAGUCACUGGAGACCGGGGCAAAAACAAUAUCGGUGUGAUGAACAGUGGGAAAUUCUUUUCAUAUUUGGCCUACAGGAAUCAAAGUGACGUAAAAGUGUUUUUUUUUUCCCACUCCGAAGAUUUAUAUGGGCGUGAUUUAUACAUGCAGGUGGAUGUUUGGUGUGUGUGUGUGUGUGUGUGUGUGUGUGUGUGUGUGUUUUCUCUCAUCCCCCUUGUGGCAAAAUCCCCAUUCCACACGCUGCAUUUAUCACACAGCCCGAGUGUUCAGCAUGUGUUAACUGCCGGCAACAGGACCAUCACUUACUCCGACCUCUCCUCUGAAGCUGGUCCAAAGCUGCGGGUGGCGGCCUGGACAGCAGCAUGUGGUUCUCAUCUGCGUUCUCUCUGUAGACCGGAUGAUAAAGCAGCUAAAUAGAACUGUCUGGAUAGGGACAGGUGCAAUUGAUUUUUUUUUUUUUUUUUAAACAGAGAACUGGAAUUCUACAGCUGUUCUUGGUCAUGCGAAUGUUAUUAUACAACGGAGCUUACAGAGACUCGCAAUAAUGAGGGAAUACAACCUUCAAGUCCAGAUGUUUUGAAGAAAUGGGAGAUGGGAGUCUUUUUAGAACUUAUAUUCCCAUUUGUCAAGUUGGUCAUCAAACGCAUAACUACAGUCAGACAGGGAUUGACUUUUUUUUUUUUUAUUGCACAAAUCCAACAAAUAGGACAUUAAAAAUGUUUUUUUUUUAAUUUAGAAAAUGACACAAUGAAUUAUUUUAUUCUGCUGUUGCUAUUAUUUUUUUUACAAAACACCUAAGUGCAAUU